AUGGCACAUAACAAGUUACUCGUAUCCUUCAGAGAUACGUUCUCCUCCAAGGUCUCGACAACUACACAGCAACAAGACUAUCUCUAUGGUCUUCGCGGAAUUCUUGCCGUCGAGAGUUUCCUCUGGCUAUUCCUCAAGACCUUUGUCCCAGCAGUGGUCACCAAUGAGAUGGCAGGUCCAGCUCAUCAAGUCGUCGUUCGCAAGGUCUUCUCCGCGCUCUUCUGGAACGAGAGCCUGAUAUCUUCUUUCUUCAUCAUACUAUCAGCACGCUCUAUCUGUAUCAGCUUCCUGCAAGAGCCCACUGCCAAAGCAUUCGCUCGCUCGCUGUUGACUCGACCUCUACGCAUUGGCAUUCCGCUCGCCUUUGCUUUGGCCUUCUCCAUCUCAAUCUUUUCUUCGACCAGCACAGUCUACAUCGAUCUGGCUGCACAAGCUCUGAAGAACCCUGAUCUCGCCGUACCUACUAUGCCAUCCAACGCUCUAGCAUCCUUCAACACGAUCUGGGAUGUGUUAUGGGUUGUCCGCGAUUUCGGAAAACAGAUGGCGAAUCAAGCAUUUCCAGGUGCAACCAUGUGGGCCCCAUCAUUGAUCUACUCGCAAAGCUAUACCACAUAUAUCGCGAUGGUCAUCCUUCCAUUCACAAGAGCUUCUUGGCAUGUCCAGGCCAUCACGAUGUUCAGCAUCGGAUCUUUCUGGUUCAACUCUUGGGGGUGGUACUCAGCGGCUGGACUUUUCAUCGCUGACUUGUCUCAAAACCAAGACCUCCGCGCACGUUUGAAUCGCGGAAUCAAAAUCAGUGAAAGCGUCAGCUUCCCCUAUUGGAUACUGGCCAUCCUGUCUGUUGUUGCGGGCCUUGUCAUGAAAUACCUUUGGGUGGCCGCAUUGCCUCAGCAUCUUCGCGCAGAGCUGGCUCUCCAUCCGUGUCUCCAUCUCACUCAAGGGCUGACCACUCGCAAUUUCAACAAGGAUCAAGCCUAUGCCAGAUUGGAUGACUACCUGAUCGUAGUCGGUAUCCUCUUCCUUUUCGAGAUGUCAAGCCGUUUGAGAUCGGUCUUCUCAUCAAGGCUGUUAGUCCAAGUCGGGAAAAGAUCACUCAGUAUCUACGUGGCUCAAUCCUUAAUGCUUUACGUUGUCAGUCUUAGAGUUUUCGUUGCUCUUCAUGUGCUGAGGAACAUGUCCGUGGCUUCUGCAAAUGCCGUGGCCUUCAUCUCUUAUCUCGGUCUGACGGCUGCAUUUGCCGAGGCAUUUUACUGGACAAUCGAGAGGACAUCUACCUGGUUCGCCAGACACCUCUUUGAGUGGAGCAGAACUUGA